AGGCAAUGGGCUCUACCGCCACUAAGAAGGACGCAGCUAGCGACGAGGAGGCAUGCAUGUACGCGUUGCAGCUGGCAACAUCCUCUAUUCUGCCAAUGACGCUAAAGAACGCCAUCGAAUUGGGCAUGCUCGAGACGAUUGUGAGCGCCGAUGGGAAGGCCCUAUCCCCGUCGGAGGUGGCUGCGCAGCUGCCGUGCAAGGCCAAUCCGGAUGCGCCGGCCAUGGUGGACCGUAUGCUGCGGCUGCUUGCCUCGCACAAGGUCGUGACGUGCCACAUGGAGAAAGGUGAGGAUGGUCUCCUCACCCGCCGGUAUAGUCCGGCUCCGGUGUGCAAGUGGCUCACGCCCAACGAGGAUGGCGUCUCCAUGGCACCGAUGCUCCUUAUGGUCCAGGACAAGGUCCUGAUGGACUGCUGGUAUUAUUUGAAGGAUUCUGCAGUUGAUGGUGGCCUCCCAUUUAACAAGGCGCAUGGGACUACUGUGUUCGAGUACCAGGGCAAGGAUACACGCUUUAAUAGUGUGUUCAAUGAGGGUAUGAAGGGUCACAGUAGCAUCAUCAUUAAGAAGCUUCUCGAGUUGUACAUGGGCUUUGAAGACAUCAGCACUAUUGUCGACGUUGGUGGUGGUGUCGGCACGACGAUCCAUGCCAUCACCUCUAAAUACCCUCACAUUAGGGGGAUUAACUUCGACCUCCCACAUGUCAUCGCGGAGGCGUUCCAAUCUCUUCAUGUGCAACACAUUGGCGGCGACAUGUUUGAGAAAGUGCCUCCGGGUGACACCAUAAUAAUGAAAGGGAUCCUUCACGAUUGGAAUGAUGAGCAUUGUAUGACCCUGCUGAGGAACUGCUAUGACGCCUUGCCAACACAAGGUAAGGUGGUAGUCGUGGAGUGCAUCCUACCGGUGUCACCAGAAGCAAAGCUAGGGGAACAGGUGGUGCUCAAUGUGGACAUGAUCAUGCUUGCCCACACCCCUAGUGGCAAGGAAAGGUACCUCAAUGAGUUUGAAGAACUUGCUAUGGGCGCAGGGUUCAGCAGGGUCAAUACUACCUACAUCUACGCUGAAUCAUGGGCUAUUGAAUUUAUCAAAUAGCCGCAUUUCAUAUGGUCUUCUCGGU